AUGGCCUCCAAGCUCGGUGCUGCCCGCUACGGCAAGGACAAUGUCCGCGUUUACAAGGUCCAUCGCGACCAGAAGACGGGCGUGCAAACCGUCGUGGAGAUGACAGUUUGCUGUCUGUUGGAAGGAGACAUUGAAACCUCAUACACCAAGGCCGAUAACAGCGUUGUCGUUGCCACAGACUCGAUCAAGAACACCAUCUUUAUCCUCGCCAAACAACACCCAGUGACCCCUCCAGAGCUCUUUGGCUCGAUUAUCGGCUCGCACUUUAUUGAAAAGUACAGCCACAUCCACGUCGCACACGUCAGCAUCAUAACCCACCGGUGGACUCGCAUGACCGUCGACGGCAAGCCGCACCCGCAUUCUUUCUUGCGCGAUGGCGCCGAAACCAGAAAUGUCCAGGUCGACGUGACCGAGGGCAAAGGCAUUGAUAUCGCGUCGAGUAUUGCCGGUCUGCACGUUCUCAAAAGCACUGCUUCCCAGUUCUGGGGCUUUGUGCGCGACGAAUACACUACCUUGCCAGAGGUUCGGGAUCGCAUUCUGAGCACCGAAGUUGAUGCCACAUGGCGAUGGAAGCUCUUUGACAACGUGAGCCAGGUCCAGGCCGACACCGCUCGCUUCGAUAAUGCCUGGAGUGCUGCCCGAGAAAUCACUCUCAACACUUUUGCCAAGGAGAACAGCGCCAGCGUUCAAGCAACCAUGUACAACAUGGCAGAGAUGAUCCUGGGCGCCGUGCCGCAGGUUGAGUCGGUGGACUACUCUCUGCCAAACAAACACUACUUUGAAGUUGACUUGAAAUGGCACAAGGGCCUCAAAAACACCGGCCAAGAUGCCGAGGUGUAUGCGCCCCAGUCCGGUCCGAAUGGGCUCAUCAAAUGUACUGUAGUUCGGCCCUCUACGGCGAAGCUGUGA